AUGAGCCUCUCUAAAAAGAGGUCGCGCCCCGAGGCAGACGAGAGCAGGGCAGAAUGCCCUUACUCGGUGCGGCAGAGACCACCUACGGCCCAGGAAAAGACCCGGUAUCUAGAGAAGAAGGCGAGGCGCGAGAAUAUGGAGGAGGAUAGGAAGGCAGAGUGGCACUGGCAGGCUAGCCCCUUCAACGCGACGGGGUUCGCCAAGACAUCUGAGUCUCUCGACGUCAAGUAUGCUGUUGAUCCGCUGUCACGGUGGGCUGACAUGACCCGGUAUAAUAGCUUUGUCUUGGGCAAGGAGAAAUUCCACACCGACGACUUCGUAUUCGUCGCCAACGAGGAGAGCGUCAAGAGACAGAGGAGCAACGAUGGUAGCAACGCCCACGGCGUCGCAGCGCGAAGGAACAAUGGCGACUGGGUUGCCAAGAUCUUGGAGAUACGGGCGUCGGACGAACAGCACGUGUAUGCCCGCGUCUUCUGGAUGUACUGGCCCGACGAGCUACCCGCGGGGACGUACGUGGGCCGCAAGACGAUCAGGGGUGGUCGGCAGACAUAUCACGGGAAGCACGAGCUUAUUGCGUCUAAUCACAUGGAUGUCAUCAACGCCGUCAGCGUGACCAUGGCGGCGCAGGUCAAUCACUGGGUGGAGACGGACGAGGAGGAUAACCAAAGCUCCCUGUACUGGCGACAAGCUUUCAACUGCAGCACCAGCCGACUCUCGCCCGCCAAGGAAGUCUGCAGAUGCGCAUCCCCGGCUCAUCCGGACAGGGUGCUCGUCCGCUGCUCGAGCCCCGACUGCAGUCACUGGAUGCACGAUGAUUGCCUGCGUCACGACACUCUCAUGCGAGUAUUUGAGCGUCUGGGCAAGACGAAACCACAAACAUUCGACGACGACGAAACCAUGAUCGGACCAUCACAGCAGCAGCAGCAGCAACAACAACAACAACAACAACAACAACAACAACAACAACAACAACAACAAGUAACUAUCGAGGAGAAGAAGAAAGAAGACGAGGAACAACAAGGGGAGGUCAUCAGGUCGGAAGAGCAGGUGAUGACGAUGCAACGGCACCAGAACAGCACCCCCAGCGCCAGCGCCAGCGCCAGCAACGGCAACACCAGCACCAACGGCGCCGACACCAGCGGUGUGCUGUCCCCCGCACAGAAGGCCAUGCUGCCCCUCUUCGUGAGCUCGAGGCAGACGCCAGACUCGGCCUCGCCGUCUAAGAAGGCAGCCGCACCGCCCAGGAAGGUGCCGUACAAGGGACUGUUUGAGGCCACUCUCCGGCUUGACGAUGGGCCUACGGCAUGGGUCGUCAAGGAUCUGAGGGGAGAUGUGGUGGGUGGACAUAAGAUGUGGCUGGAGCAGGUGUUUUGUCUGUUCUGCAGCAAGACGAUUGACUAG